AUGAGGUCUCUUAUUUUUGCUAUAGACAGCUGUGGUAAUUCGCUCCAGUACGUCUUUGUACAGUACCUGUUCAGUGGCACGGAACAUGAAGUCAAGCGAGUUUUGCCUCAUGGUAACGCCAAGUCUAAAUCGUCCUACAGACGUGUCCUGCCAAGUACAAUUGAAAAAUUAAAAAAGACCGUAUACGAAAAAGGAAAGACGGCGAAAGAAUCCCUUGAUGAGGUUUACUGUAUGUCAGGCGAUGUUACGAUGGCGAGAUCUUUGAGUGAAUUGCCGAGGGGACCAGGUGAUAUGUACAACGCGAGGCACUCUGCUAAGCAAUCUCGAGGCAAUUCUUCUCCAAAUGAGAAAAGUGAAGGGGGAGAAAGUAGUCAGGUGAGCUUAGAUAACAUCUGGACACUCCUUGAAAGAGCGAAAAGAGAGGAAGAACAAUCAAAGGACUCCAUAUUCAUCCAUGAAUGUUCCAUACAUCCGGAUCUCUUUGUUGUUUUAGCCACCGACCAACAGCUGCAAGAACUUCAAUUGUUCUGUACGAGCCCAAUAGAGUUCAGUGUCCUUGGCAUUGAUCCUACCUUCAAUAUUUUCGAUCGAAAUAUCAGUCUUACAGUAUCGACUUACAGAAAUUUAAAGUUGGUAAAUCCAAAAACCGGAAAGCCACCCGUAUUUGUGGGACCGCUGCUGAUGCAUCAAAGAAAAGAUUGGAAAACAUUUUCUAAAUUUGCGCAUUCACUCACGAUGGCCAAGCCCAAGCUUGAGGGAGUUUUGGCAUGUGGUACGGACGGGGGAAAAGCCCUUAUUGAUGGCUUUAAAAGGCAUAUGCGUUUUGCAAUAUUUUUGCGAUUCUUUUUGCACUUCAAAGACAACAUUAAAAGGGAACUAACCGAUAGAGGCAUAUUACUGGUGAUGCAAAAAAAACAAUUUAUUUCCGAAAUAUUUGGAACGCAAGAAGGAUCCGUCAAGUACUACGAUCUUGUGGAUUGCAACUCUGAGAACGAAUUUGAUUCAAAACUUGAUAUGCUUAAACAAGAGUGGGAGGAAAGAGAGGCCACACAUGGUAGCAAACUUAAAAAACAGACGUUUUUUGAGUGGUUUCAAUGUGAAAAG